UUUGAAAUAGUUAUGCAUGGUAUUUUUUGUCUGAUUGAUUGUGUUCUGGUUGAGUGUUACUAACAAUUUUUCAAUAAAUAACUAUAUUUAUCUUAUUUGUUUUUUAUUUCAGUUUUCCUGCAUUAGUUCUAUAUGCCAGGAUAUAUCAAAUGAAAUGUUUGUACAAUCAUUGAUUUUUUAGAGUGCAAACACUAUACCCGUGAAAUAGAUAGCUACACUAAAUAUCGCCUAAUUUUGGCCAAUUCAAUGGAUUAAUCAGCACUAAUUAGUGGUAAUUAGUUCCUAUUUAUUUCAUGGGUAUAAUGUUUGCAAUCUAUUGAUUCUUAAUCCAUUAAACACAUAAACAAGGGACAGUGAACAUUUGGAUUAUUAUUCUGUAUUGUUUAGAAUUUCUAAUGAGUUGCUUAAAAUUGGCAAUUAAAAGCCACUUCAUAGAAAUUAAAAAUAUUGUUAUUUUUAUUUCAAUAGGAUUUUGCUGAACAGAAAGGGAAAUGUCCAGUACAUGGAGUCUAUCGGUCUUUGGAGACCUUGCUUUUAAGGCUAGCUGACAUGUACUUAAUGCUAAAUGAGCACUCCAACAUCCUUCAUUGGUUUAAUGACCAAAAAGGAAAAUUCAUUGUGGCAAUUGGGGCUGAUGGAGCCCCUUUUGGCAAAGACGAGACAGCAACUUCAUAUUUAGUGAGUCUUUUAAAUGUUUUAGAAGGGGUACAAAGUUGUGACCACAACUACUUAUUAAUGGGAGGGAAUUGUGACGAAACUCAUGAACUGAUGUACGAGUAUACCAAACAUGUUAUCAAGGAAAUGGAGGAGAUAGAAGUGAAGGAAUAUGAGGUGCGUGGUAUCAAGAUAUCAUUUCAAUGCAGACUUAUUCCCAGCGACCAGAAAUGGAUGGCGAGUAUGUCUGGAGAAUUAAACAAUGCUGCGACCUACUUUUCAACGUUUGCCAAUGUCUCGAAGAGUAAUAUGAAGACCAUAAAUGGUAAAAUUGGCCAUGACUCAAGCAGCACUUGGAAAAAAUGGGCAUACGAGAAAAGAUUGAAGGAUGCAGAAUCUGUCAAGUCAUUCAAAGAGAAGAACAAAAUUCCAGACGGUUCGAAAGCCAAUAACCAUCGAAAAAAAAUAACUGAGUACAUUGCAUCUAACAACUCAAGACAAGAGUUCUAUCCUCCACUAGGGAAAUUUGUUAAGUACCUUUACCCAGAGCCUCUUCACAACAGCAACAACGCAUGGCAGCAAUGGAAUUUAGAUGUUUUAAACACUGCCAUACAUCUAACCAAUAAAGCUGACAUCAACAAAGCUAAUGGGAACAUUACACUUUUGCCAAAGCAUUCAGCACUGGCAAAAUACAUGAGCUUGCUCAAAGACACCAUUAAGGCUGGAAGACUCUACAAGAAGGUGGAAAGAUGGUUCAGUGAAAAGAAAAAGACUGAAGACUUUUCCUACAGGUUUACUGGGAAGGAAUCUAAACUGUUCUGCUGGCACUUCAUGAAGAUCUGCUGUGUAUUGAUUGAAACUCAAGCCAUUCCAAAGACCACCUUACUGCAUGUCUAUAGCCUGGCAUAUUCAGGUCUGUGUUUACGGAACUGUGUUUCCCUUUAUAGCAGGGUUCACAUCAGCGAGAGUGACAUUAAUGUUCUUAAGAAUGAGUGUGAGCAGUAUUACAACUGUCAAGCUCUAUUCUUGGCCAAUGUCAAACCAACCACAUGGACAAUUGGAAAAGCAAUUCCAUACUACACAGAUGAGAUAUAUAAUGAUUUGGGGUUUGGGCUCGGCUUGAAUAGUAUGCAAGGCAGGGAAGCUAAGCAUAUAAAGCUCUCGUCUUAUGCCAAAAACACUACCAAGGGUAAACACCUUCGGUGGUGGCAAGUUUUUAAGCAUGAGUUCAUGGAACUGAUAUGGCUUAAAGAAACUGAUUCCAAGCAAGUGGCCAAAAAAUUGCAUUGCACAAAUCAUUCUGAAAAUGAUGCUCAAGACAAACCUUCCAAGGAUAAGUACAUCCCUCCAUACUCUAUCAGCAACAAUGAAUUUUGUGCUUGUGGUCAGCCUAAGUCAGUUCCUGUGGCUUCCUGUUCUAUUUGUUCCUCGGAUGAAUUCAAACUAGUAGUGAAAUCAUGCAAGGAGGGUAAAAUUGACAAUAGAGUGCUUACACUAUGUCCAUGAAAUAAGAUCAUAUUAAGUAUUUUCUAACAGUUCUUAUUUAGAGACUAUUUAGUCAUCAGUCAACCAGAACAUUCAUUAUUACACAAAUACAUAUAUACACAAGAGACCACUUUAAUUAUUCUUUGUGUAAUGAAUGUUCUGUUUGACUGAUUGUGACUAAAUAGUUUCUAAAUAAGAACUGUUAGACAAUAACAACUUUGAUCUUGUUUCAUGGACAUAGUGUAAGAAUUCUACUGUAUUAUCAUGUCUCAUCAUGACUCACAAUGAACUUUUUUAUUCUAGCCAUUUUAUCAUAUUUAGAAAUCAUAUAUAAUCAUUCCAGUAAUGCUAAAUAUUUCUCUCAUUCUACUGAGGAUGACAUUAUGAAUAUGUUCAUAUUACUGGUUGUUCUUCCAUUGGUUGUUGUCCAGAAACAAUUAUAUGACAAUUAAAGAACAAUAAACAAGAACAUUUCUCCCA